GUGGCUCCUUCCCGUCCAAGAACCGUCUGUUUGCGCACCUGCGGGCCUCGCCGUGCACCGGGCCCGCGGCCGCCGACGGGCUGGCGAUUGCCGAGAAGCCAGAGCGGGUUGCGCUCGCGAUCGGCUACCUCGACGCCCCCCCCGACUGGAGGGCAGCGCUGUGGCGUGCCGUGGAUGCCGCCCGCGGCGUGGGCUCCGUCAAGGGCCUGGAGGGCUACGCCGGGCGCGGAGGCCCUCCGGGAGUGUCUUUUGCGAGCGACGCCUGCGCCGGCGGGCCGCCGCCGGCGACAGCAGCCUGCGACGUGGUGAGCUUCACCACCGAGGCGCUGCGCUCCGACGCCGAGCGGGCGGAGUGGUGCGCCCGAGUGAACGAGGGGCUCCCCGAGGGCGUGCGCCUCUUCGGGAGGUCCGUCGGGCUGCCGGCCUCCUUCCACGCCGAGGGCUGCUGCCUGCGCAGGUACUUCGGCUCCCUGGUGCCGAUGUCGUGGCUCCUGGUGGGGCCAGAUGGCGGCGGCGAGUCUGGCCCCCGCGGGGUCGGCGCUGCGAGCGGUCUGGGCUCGCGGAGCUGCUUAUCCCGAGGUUCUCGUGGCGCCGAGGGCGCUGCUGACGCUUCCAGCCUGCCGAGCAGCGACGACGACGACGACCCGGGCAACGUCUCCUCUCUGCGGGCGGCGGCCGCCGUCGCCUCCGUGCUGCGGAAGAAGCACGUCAAGGAGGAGCACGACCCGGUCUUCGACACGGAGGACGGGGAGCUCCUGCUGGGGCAGUUCCACCGGCUGAAGGGCGUGCUCCGGAGGCUCCAGGGCGAGGUCCUGCUCCACAACUUCGCCGCCUGCAGGCUGAGCCCCGCGGAUGCGCUGUCCCGCAGGCACCUCCUCCGCUGCCGGGCGGCGACCCGCGCCGAGGAGGACGUCACCGCGUUCUCGGUGGCGGCGGACGCGCUCCUCGCCGGCCAGCUCCGCGCGAUGAUCGGGCUCACCGUGGCCCUGCAGCGUGGCCUGCUCCCCGACGAGUACCUGGACGCCGCCCUCAGCAGCGAGGCGCUGGUGGGUGUGCCGCGGAUCCCGGAGGGGACCGAGUUCCUGGCGGGGUGCGUCUACUCGAAACAGCCCCUCACCACCACCUGCUGCGGCCCCACAUGGAGGGCCCCGAGGCGGUCGCCUGGCGGCGGCGCGUCGACGGCGCCGUCACCGCCCGGGCGCUGGAGGCUGACUUCAGGGACUGGUACGACUCCGCACUCGUCCGGUCCGCCGCCGAGCUCCGCGGGCUCUUCGAGCGGCCCGCCGCGCCCGCGCCCUCCGUGGGCCCGGAGCCGCCCGGCGAGGACGCCCCGGAGGCGUACCGGGAGGUCCUGA